AUGGCUGCCAUCUCCUCCAUUAAACCGUUCAGCCCAGAGGAGAGCCGGAGGAUUGUGGAUCAUUUGCAGCAACCUGCAAUCUUCCUGAACAUGACCUGCGGCUGGCCUGUUCUCCGCUGGACUGCGGAGCAUCUUUCUGGCUGCCUCGCUGACAAACUUAUCCGAUUCAGACUCGGGAGGAAAGAGGAGACAAACACUCCUCUGUUUGAGACGCAGUGUUCCUAUGUGGAGGCCAAAGUGACUCAGUUUCUCAGCUGGACCCAGGGUCAGUCUGAAACAGAUGUGGGCCCUUUUUCUGAAUACCCCCACUCAGAAUAUUGGGCCUAUGCUGACUACAAAUACAUCGCAAUGCUGUUUCAAGAUCAGCCUUUCAUGUUUGAGGAUGUAAAGUGGUCCGAGUUUGGUUUUGAGGGACGUAAUGGGAGAGAGAGCACCUUAUGGAUCGGCACAGAGGGAGCAAACACGCCGUGUCACCUUGACUCUUACGGCUGUAACCUGGUGCUGCAGGUGCAAGGAAGGAAGCGCUGGCACCUCUUUCCUCCAGAAGACACAGCUAACCUUUACCCAACCAGAGUCCCGUAUGAGGAGUCCAGUGUCUUCAGCCAGGUGGAUGUUCUGCAUCCAGACCUGAGGAGGUUUCCGGCCUUUCAGGCUGCCAGAGCCCACGUCGUCACACUGCAGCCUGGGCAGGUGCUUUAUGUUCCCAGACACUGGUGGCAUUAUGUGGAGUCAGUGGAUCCCAUCACCGUCAGUGUCAACUCCUGGAUUGAGCUGGAGGUGGAUGACGUGGCAAGAGUCAGCGAAGCUGUGACCAAGACGAUUGUCUUUGCAAUGAAAAGUGCUCCAAGUGAUGACAACACAGACAACUGGCUCAACCCCACAGAGGAAGGAAAAGCGCCCCAUGAUGAGAACAUGCAGCAUGUGAACUUGGCAGUGAGGGCUUGUGCUCGAAGGCAGCUGACCUGGGACACGAGGGACACCUGCCCAGUGAAGCGGGACUCAAAUGGGCAAAUCAAGAAAAACAGAGACCGUGUUAGGAAUUCUGCACCAUUCAGUGUUCCCUUUGGACCUCAUCUCAUCCCCGUAUGCUGUCAGCAAGAAGAACUGAGGACGACCCCCAAAGAUCCAGACGUCAGCUCACAUACGGCAUCGAGAGGCACAUCUGCGUCGUCUGUCAAACCCCACGAGGGAAAACAUGAAUGUAGCUCUGGUUUAAGUCAAAGUAGGCCAUGUGACGGUGCAGAAUGGACAUCAGAGCACUCUUCAGAGGAUUGUAAGGAGGUCAAACACACAACAAUAACCACUAAUGACCUGUUAGACUGCCUGGUGCAUCCUGAUAUCAUCACUCGCGUCACCGAGCUUUUAUUGGAAAGGCACAUGGGGAGUGACAGGAACACUGUGCCACUCUAGCUUUAAUACUCACCUGAGAAAGAUUAUAAAUCUCACUGGAGUUUGCAGUGAUUCAGAGAUGUGAGCGAAGCUAAAAAAAAAUAUAAAAAAAGCAUUUUUGGCUGCAGAAAUCCAUCCUCUAAGCUACCGGUAGUGUUCUGUUGUCAGUUAUUAUUCGCUCAUCCGUCAAUUCCACCUGACCUUCCCCCCCGGAUGCAAGAAGUCACACCCAAAACGAAUCAUAAUCGCCAUCGAGUGGCUCUAACAUUUCCUUGUUUUGUUUUCCUGCACAUGCUAAUCCUGUUUGGUUCCCCCAGAGUAGGAAAAAUGACCACUUAAAUCAAUUUAGUAUGCUAAUACGCCAAAUAAUUCACAAUAAUAUUGCACGGAUGCAAACAUUUGUUUUCCACGUAAUGUUUCUUUGUCAUUCGGUAAUGGGACUUGUCAUUGAGCAGCCGCAGAGGGCUGAUCGUAAUGGUUUUGUGAUUGAUGGAGCCUGCGUAAGGAGCAAUGAAUGAAAUGGGACUGUUUGAACAGUUUGCUGCCACAGGACACACAGCUCGGAGGAGACAAAGGAAGGGUGUGCAGCGACAUGCAGGGCUAUAAUAAAUGUAAUAUUUUUACAAAUAA